AUGCACAGCAUGGAAAAAAUUGUCACAGAUCUGUCAUCUCAUGACAAGAUGCCCACCUAUCCCUGGGUGAAGCUCCCCCAUCCCUACCUAACCACGUACGCCAUCCAUGCCAUCUCUGCAGAGUCAGCCAGCCCCCAGGUGCUGCAGCUGCGACUCCACGACUCAACAGCCGGACAGCCCCUUCCAGAGCCUCUCCACAACAGCUCCCUCUGUUACACCGACCUCUCCUGGGAGGAAGCCGGCACGACAAUCCCACUGAAAGACAACAGCCCAUACGCCCGCGCUCGCCGCGCCCCAGGGACCGCCCUCCACUGGACCGACAACGAGGCCCCCAGCCUGGGUCAAAUAUGGAACGUUAUCCAUGCGACCUUUCUCACGCACCCACAACAGGAGAUAAUUCGACUCGACCUUGCAGGGUGCGACCAUCCCAUCAUCCGCGAGGAAUGUAUCCGCACCGGCCUAGCCAUCCCCUUCCCCUCGCCGCGCGAGCCCUUUGGCCGCGAAAACAAGCCCCUGCCCACCGACACCAUCGUACUCCUCCGCUCAUCCUUCUGGCAAGGCGCGGGCUCACCUCUCGGCCCCCGCCCGAUCUGGGCCAUCGAGCAAAACAGCUCCCACAGGCGCCCAACAAGCGCCUACCCGCCGCUCGCGCAGAACUACGAGUUCACCAUGAAAUUUCCCGAGGAGCGCAUCUACGCGCGCCAUCCCAUCCGACCGGUCAAACCAGCCCCCGGAUCCCUCGUCUACAGCCGCUACAUCCCGCACUUAGAUCAGCACUUCUCUCUGAUGGUCGUCGACUGGCAGGACGAAGAGCAUCUGGGGCUGUUCCACAAGUGGCAGAAUGACCCGCGGGUGGCGCGGGGUUGGAACGAAACGGGCACGAUUGAACACCAUCGCGAGUACCUGCGACGGCUGCACGAGGACCAGCAUGUGCUCUGUCUGUUUGGGCGGUUUGACGAGUUCAAGUUUGCUUACUUCGAGGUCUAUUGGGCCAAGGAAGAUCACUACGGCGCGCACUACGACGCAGGCGACUACGAUCGCGGCCGGCACUCGCUCGUCGGCGAAGCAAGCAUCCGCGGCGCAUACCGCGUCAACGCGUGGUGGUCCAGCGUCAUCCACUACGUCUUCCUGGACGAGCCACGCACGAUGAACGUGGUUGGGGAACCUAAAGCAACCGGUACCACGGUGCUGUCUUACGAGAAUGCGCAGGGGCUGAGCGUCGAGAAGUAUGUGGAUCUUGGCCACAAGCGCUCGGUGCAUGUCUGCUGCAGCCGGGAGAAGUGGUUCCAGCUUUGUCCGAUGUUCUGGGAUGGGCGGGAGCGGCCACUGGAGAGUGCUGACCGGAUGGCAUGGGAUGCGAAGUUGUAA